UGGGAAUCCACCCAUGCGAUGACGUCACGGGGCUCUGACAAGCUGGUGGUGCCGGAAGAAAAGAUGGCGGAUCAUGAGGAGCAGCUAUCCGACGAGGAAAAGGUACGCAUAGCAGCUAACUUCGUCAUCCACGCCCCACCAGGAGAGUUCAACGAAGUUUUCAACGAUGUGCGAUUGCUGCUCAACAAUGAUAAUCUUCUCAGGGAAGGUGCAGCGCAUGCAUUUGCACAGUACAACCUGGACCAGUUUACCCCGGUGAAAAUCGAGGGCUACGAAGAACAGGUCUUAAUCACAGAGCAUGGUGACCUUGGGAAUGGCCGGGUCCUGGACCCCAAGAACAAGAUCUCCUUCAAGUUCGACCAUCUGAGGAAGGAGGCCAGCGACCCACGGCCUCAUGACGUCGACAGCUCCCUGGAGGGCUGGAGGAGCGCUGUGGACUCAGCCGUCAGGGCCUACGUCAAGGAGCACUAUCCCAGUGGAGUCUGCACCAUUUAUGGGAAAACCAUCGAUGGACAUCAAACCAUCAUCGUGUGCAUCGAGUGCCAUCAGUUUCAACCAAAAAACUUCUGGAAUGGACGCUGGAGGUCAGAAUGGAAAUUUACCAUCUCCCCCUCCACCACUCAAGUGGCAGGAAUUAUGAAAAUCCAGGUUCAUUACUAUGAGGAUGGAAAUGUUCAGCUGGUGAGCCACAAAGAGGUCCAGGAGUCCAUGUCAAUUUCUAAUGAGGCUUCAACCGCCAAGGAGUUUGUUAAGAUCAUGGAGGCUGCAGAGAACGACUAUCAGACGGCCAUCAAUGAGAAUUAUCAGACCAUGUCGGACACUACCUUCAAAGCCUUACGCCGCCAGCUUCCUGUGACACGCACCAAGAUCGACUGGAACAAGAUCCUGAGCUACAAGAUUGGCAAGGAGAUGCAGAACGCUUAAAAACAAUGGAGAAGAUAACAAACAACCCACCCCACCCCCUCCCCUCCCAAACAACGUUGCAUGACUGGAUAGUUGUAUUGUCUUUGUACAAAAAUUA